UUUUAUUUUAGCCAUUCGUACACUCCAGACAGCGGGCACGCGACUCAAUUGCUCAAACCAGCAGCUGCCAUCGACUUCUCUUUGGACCAUCUCCAGACAGUUGAGCCUCUUUGUCUGCCGCACAUCCAUCGACCAUUCACACGAUCUGUGACCAUGGGAAGAUCCUCUGUGGCUCGUGUUUGCAAAUAGAGCAAGUUUUUCGCGAUUUUUCCCACCUUAAGAAAUGGCCAAGUGAAUAAACUCUUAUCGCUGAAGAGACUCAGACAGAAAGUCAGUGAAGCCUGAAAGAACAUGGCAUAAGUUUUUGUGAUAAUGGACAACACAGUAACUGAGUCGAGGUGAAAAUUGUGCGGAAAAGUGUCGGUAUUUAGCUGAAAAUGGCCACUGGAGUGACCUAUGUGAUGACCCAGCCGGACACGGUUCUAGGGGGCAAAGUUGUGCAGAGAAUGGGAGAUAGUGCCAUCAUUAAGGCCAAUCCAAAGCGUGAAAAUGUGAUAGUGAGAAAAAAGUCAAAAGCUCUGCCACUCGCAGAGUCCAACAGCGCCAACAUUGUGCUCGUUACCAACGAUUGCAGGCCGGUCAAGAGGACCAAGGCCUCGCCUGAGGCUCCUGCUAAGUCCAAAGGCCUCCCUCAACCUCUGGCUGUGGCCAAGCGAAACGCUAGAGAAAGGAAUCGCGUAAAGCAGGUGAACAACGGCUUUGCAGCAUUGCGCCAACAUAUUCCUGAUGAAGUGGCUGAAGCCUUCGAGGCUGCUGGGAAUGGCAGAGGAGCGUCCAAGAAGCUCAGCAAAGUCGAGACCCUGCGGAUGGCCGUUGAGUACAUCCGGAGUCUGGAGAAGCUUCUGUCCCUGGACACAUCCUGCGAUUCUGGUCAAUCUUUGAAUUUCCAAUGCGAUUCCUCCAUGGUGUCUACCUCUCCUCCUCUGUCGGACUGCGGGGGUGGAUUCUCAACGUCCUCGGUGAUGGAGGAGGAGCCCGAGGUGAUGCCAUACCCCUUGCCAGACAUCACAACCCUCAAUGGAGCCCAGUACAUCCGGAUUCCAGGCACGAACACGUACCAACUCCUCGUGGAGGGUCCGUAUGUAUUGGAAAAUGAGGAGAACGUGCAGCCGAUCACCGUCAUUCCGCCGCGGUUGGAGGACGUGGUAUCGAACCUCGAGUACAUUAAUGAUCCCAUCCAUAUCGUAACACCUGCAUCAGUUUCACCGGGCGCCUUCAGUGGGCAAUCGUCUCUCUCACCUGCCGAUUGUGCCAUGAGACUAAAACGAGACACGGGUCACUUCUCAACUCCGUCUCCCUCCCAACCUUCAAUGUCCUGCGACGAAUCCAUCUACAUCCCAGCCAACUCAUACGCCGGCACACUCACCCUCAAGGCCGAAUUGCCCGAGGAUGAGGAUCUCCUGGACAACGAAGUAUCCGAAGAGAGCAUGAUUGAGGCCAUUGACUGGUGGGAUCAUCAGCGACCAGAAGAAACCACAUAAAUCCCACCUGCCCCCCUACCAUCCCAAAUCUAUAUAUUUUUGUACAUGCAAAUAUUUCUCAACAUAUAGCAUAAUUACAUAUUUAUUUACUCCCUAAGAUCGCCCCUUUUUUGAACACAGAAAUAAACGGCAAAGAAGUGUUCAACACCAAAAUAGAGUGCCCAUGUUAAAAUGUAGAUUAUUCCUCUCUAAUGCAUAAAGAGUCUAAAGAUAAAUUUACAUAAGUGACUGUAUGACCAAUUAAUUAAGUCUAAAAUAUACAAUUAUUUUUACAUACGA